GUGAAACAAAUCUAUCGGUUGGUCCGUAAAAAUGAUUGGAACUUUGCUUUUAUACCUGCUGGCAUUUAAACGUCUGCAAAAUAACAGCUACACUGAGGAAGAAUCGUACUAUGAACUGCCACGGUUUUGGACAAGUACAGGCUUUUGUCCAAUGGGAGAAAUUAGGCGAGAAAGUUUGAAGGCUUUUUUUUUCUCCGAGGCGGUACAAAUGAAUCUGUUGCACAUAACAGCACUACCCGCAGGAGCGAUAACGCACAUACGCAUUCACUGGCUGCUAAAACUUGUUAAAUUUAUUCAGUACAGUACAGCCGGAGUGCCAAUGUACGAUUUCGCCGAUUUAGAUGCAUUCAUCUUAAAUCUAGACGAGCUGGGUCUAUUCCCAGUUGUUGAGUUUAUGACAGACUUGGAUGGUAUUUUAGCGAGUAAUCCGGAUAUUGAAGGUUCAUUGUGGCAAGAUUUCAGCUAUCAAGCCACUACCCAAUAUCGUAAUCUUCUGGGGGCAAAGAAACUUCUGCAAUGGCGGUUUGAGACAUGGAAUGAGCCGGAUGUUCGUAACUACAAUCGCUUGAAUUUUACGGUGGAAGGGUACCUCCAAUAUGUCAUGGCGCUGCGAAAUGGCCUUACAGCAGGUGGUCGUAGGAAAGUUAACUCGCUCCAUUUUAAACUGCGUGGACCAGCUGGACUAUUCAAAUCAAAUGGCGAACAUCCAUUAUGCUGGUCAUUGCUUCAAACCUGCAACUCACAAAUGAGUCAUUGUCCAAUAGAAGUUCUUACCUACCACCGAAAAGGACAAGGAUUCGCUAAAGAAGUUAUAGAAAGUUCGAGUCAACUGCUAAAAAACGUCUAUGAAAAGUAUACCAAUUUUAGAUCGAUACCAGUGUCUAAUGAUGAAGCGGACCCCAUCGCGGGUUGGUCUACACCCCAGAGCUAUCACGAGGACGUUAGAUAUGCCGCAAAGCUUGUAUACAUUACGUUUUUGCACUGGCACGUUAAAAUAUCGAAUGACGUAUUCAAAAACCUGGAAUCGAUCAGCCACGAUAAUGCCUUCAUUAGUUAUCAUCCAUAUGAAUUCGCACAGCGAACUCUUCUGGCACAUUUCCGUAUGAACAACUCACAACCAGCUCACUCGCAGUUUAUACAAAAGCCCGUAUACGCCGCAUUGGGAAUGUUAUCGAAGUUGGCAACGCUUGCAGCUGAUGUAGAAACAAUUACAUUAAAUAGCUCCAAUAAUGAGCUAUGGCUUUUGAAAACAUGUUCAAUCGAAAACACACCUCUCUACUUGAGUUGGUUGCUUCUGCCCCAGGAGAAUACUACGACCUUAGGAAACUUCACCCUUCGUCGUCAGUUACCUUUCACGCAAUGUGCCAAGGAGAACUUUGCUUAUAUAAUCGAGAUACUAGAGCAAGGCCACACCGAUCCGGCCCAUAUUUGGCGAGCAAAAGCAAACGCAACACCAUUCCCGAACAAAACGCAACGUGCAGAAAUGCGCUACGCCCAAACUCCUCGCUUGCAGGCAACCGGACUUUUAUCGAGAGCCGAGUUCGAACUGAAUAUUGGCCAUUUUCAGCUCCCUUGGAUUUUGUUAUUUCGGGUUUGCUCCUAUUUGUCUCCUGUUUUGAAGGCACCUCGUCAACCAGUGAUUACUAAAAUUACAGAGGGAGAAAUAGUUAUUUUUUGGCACGAAGCGCACACUGUGCAAUGUCUCAAAACGUACGAGGUUUCGUUAAAAGUAAAUGCGACUGCCGAAUGGAAUAUUAUUAGUAAGGACUGGCACUUACCAUUUCCGUCUUUUCAAUUCGCGCCUCCGCAUUCCUCUGUUAAUGGUUUCUAUAGGGUCCGAGGCAUAGACGUCUUCAACAGGAGGAGCAAGUUUUCCAACACAGUGGAAUAUAUUGAAAUUUAGAAUGACAAAUUUGCUGAGUUGCACGGUUCAAAUUCCCGUGAACUUAAAGAAGUUCGAUUUUCAAAUAUCAGCUACUUAUACCACCCACUGUUGUAUAUACUUAAUUGUUUUUUUUUACCAUACAAAAUUUUCAUAAAAAUGACCUCAAAUUCGGAUAGAAAAUAGAAAUAACCAAAGCUUAUAACGAAUUCAACUGGGAUGCUAUAAAAAUAGCGUCCACAGUUACAUAUACAUAUGUAUAGUAGAAAAUCCGAAUAAAGACUUUAUGCUUUCAAUUAACUAGUAUAUAUGUAAUUUGUUCAUUAAACAAACGAGUGCAAAAUUUAAAAAAAAUAAUAAUUUUUGAAUAAUUAAAUUAAAAUAUCCUGGCUAGGAUUUUUCAGCCAACCCACUCGCGAACAUUAGGCAGAUGGGUGAAGGUCCUGCCUUAUUCGGAUCUUAGACUAGUACAUACCUAUAUGCUAAAAAAGCUUAAAAGAAAAAACUUAAGUUAGAUUCCAUAAAAAAAUAUUUUGUCAAAAAUGUUUGCUACAUUUCUUUAAGCCAAGGAUGCAAUGUAACGUUAAUUUUAAUAUUUACCGAAAAAAAACAAUGGUUUUUGUUGAAACGAAUCAACUUUUUAUCGUUUAGGUAAUUAUCAAACUAAUUCUAUUUUGGGGUUUUAACGAAAAGAAAUCUAAUCGUUAACACUGAAGCUGUAACAUGCAUUUAGGCGCUAGGUGUUAACAGUGAGUUGGAAAUGGUUUAUAACUAGACUGCGGAUGCAGAAAACGAAGCCUAAAAAUAUGUACCACAUAACUAUGACGAAAUUAUAGUG